AAAACCUGUGAAAGGAGUAAUCUCUACUUUCUCUUCUUUACUCUUUCGUCUUUCACUUUAUAAAAAAAUAAGUUUCAGAGCUCACUUUUUCCUCCUCUUCCUCUUCUUCUUCUCCUUCUUCUUUUUUUCUCUCUUAAGAAAAACCAGAAGUAAAGGAGAGCAGAGACUAGAAAAAAAAAUGGGAGAAGAGAAGAAGCUAGGUGGUGUUUGGCCUACUAUUAAGCCAUUCGUCAAUGGCGGUGCUUCUGGAAUGCUCGCUACCUGCGUCAUCCAACCAGUCGAUAUGGUUAAGGUGAGAAUUCAACUAGGUCAAGGAUCAGCAGUCUCUGUAACCAAGAACAUGAUCCGUGAAGAAGGUUUUGGAGCAUUGUACAAGGGUUUAUCAGCUGGAUUACUAAGACAAGCUACCUACACAACUGCACGGCUUGGAACAUUCAGGAUAUUGACAAACAAAGCUAUCGCCGCCAAUGACGGGAAGCCACUUCCUCUUUACCAGAAGGCUUUAUGUGGUUUGACAGCUGGAGCAAUCGGUGCAUCUGUUGGUAGUCCAGCUGAUUUAGCUCUCAUCCGUAUGCAAGCUGAUGCCACUUUACCUCUUGCACAACGUCGUAACUACACAAAUGCUUUCCAGGCACUCUAUCGUAUCAGUGCAGAUGAAGGAGUUUUGGCACUCUGGAAAGGUGCAGGUCCAACUGUUGUGAGAGCUAUGGCGUUGAAUAUGGGCAUGCUUGCUUCUUAUGACCAAAGUGUUGAGUUCUGCAAGGAUAGUCUUGGUUUUGGUGAACUUAGUACAGUUGUUGGAGCAAGUGCUGUUUCUGGAUUCUUUGCUGCUGCUUGCAGUUUACCUUUUGACUAUGUUAAAACUCAAAUACAGAAAAUGCAACCUGAUGCUAACGGGAAAUUACCUUACACUGGCUCUUUGGACUGUGCCAUGAAAACCCUAAAGUCUGGAGGUCCCUUCAAAUUCUACACUGGAUUUCCAGUUUAUUGUAUCAGGAUUGCGCCUCACGUCAUGAUGACAUGGAUAUUCCUGAACCAAAUUCAGAAGGUGGAAAAGUCGAUUGGGUUGUAGGAUUUUCUCGGGCUGGCAAGCUGCUGAUUUUUUUUAUGGAGCGGGGUUUCCAACAGUUGGAUCAGAAAUUGAUACUCUUUCAUAUGAGGCUUCUUUUCAUGGUAUAGUCUAGUAGAAAUUAAUAAAAUUAUUUGGGGAGAUUGUAUCAGAUUAAGAUACUUUAUAUUUGAGUCCUUUUUCCCCUUUAUAAGUAAGAGCCACACAAUGAUUUUUAACCCAAGAUUGCAAGCAGUAGGUCUUGAAAGUGGUCUGAAUUGAUUUCAGUCUUAUAUUUUAUCUUCUAAAGACUAAUGAGGAACAUGUAACCCAACUAUUUUUUGUUUUAUUUUUGGUGCGCAUGGUAUUAAUUUCCACCUUCAG